GACACAUAAUGCACAUAUUUCACAUUAUGAUCGCAAUUGAAGAAAAUGCCAAUUGUCUAAGACGGUCUGCUACAUGAGGACAUGUGACGUGAGACGUAGCCUAUUCUGAGUUUUGGGAUGAAAAAAGAAAGAAAGAAAGAAAGAAAGAAAAAAAAGAACCAAGAGGAUGAAAGUGGAGUCGGCCUCACCUUGUUCCUAAAAGCCUCCCAGUACUGUCCCCUCUUCCAUCUCUCCGGAAUAAAAACAUCACGGAGCGCAGACGUCGCGUCUGAACGACACCGCUUAGAGCAACACGCAGGCGGGCCAUUUCAUCCGUGGAGAGGAGAGAGAGAGGUCAUGGAAAGCCAACGCUGGAAAAACCACAUCCGGGCUGUACUUCUGCAGAGGGACAAAACUCAGAGAGAGCCGUACGCUGGCGCCUUCGCAAGAUUGUCCGAACUGGAAGAACAAGUUGAAAUGCGCACAUGCAUUUUAAAUGAAGACCAAACCAGUGCGGAAGGAGGUGAGAGUGAUGUGAGAAGUAGGCUCCUUUACCUUCAGCUAAGGGAGAGCGAACGUUUGGCAGAGAAACUGUCUCAGACUGUGUCUGAUUUGACCCAUGUCCUCCAUUUAAAGGAGCCUGAGCUGCAGUACUUGCAGUCACAGGUCUCCCGGUACCGUCAAGAGGCUCUGACUCUGGCUAAAGGGAGCAAAGCACUGAAAACCGUCCUAGCAGAUUGUGAGUUUACAAUAGAGAGCCAGUCUAAGGAGUUAGCAGCCCUGCGUUUGGAGCAGAGGGAACUGAGGGAGGACCUGGCAAACGCACGGGCAGAGAAGGAGGCACUUCUGCAGCGUUGGAUGGAAGAGAAAAGGGAGGUGGCAAAGAGGGUGAAUAAGUACAACAAUGCACAGGAAAGGUGGCGCCGUUUGGCCAGACGACUGACGGAGAUAAGAAAAUAUUCUGGAUUGUCCACAGCUAACUCGGAGUUGUACAAUGGAAACAUCUUUACCAUCAGGCAAAUAGAGGAACAAUGAUGAGAUGGCUCUGAGGUAGGAGCAGGAAUACGCCCACUGCAUAUCGACUGCAGCAAAGGUCUACUUGUCUCCACAGGCUCAAGUGUGACCUCUGUGACUGAGCUGAAAAACAAUGUAUGAAUGUAUGAAACCAGCAUGUUGGGUCACUAAAGGCUCCAUGUGAACUGAGAAAUAACUGAAAUUUUACUCCGUAAACUAUAAAUUUUUCUUUUCUUUUCUUGCAAUCAGUAAUUGAGCAAUUUGCCAUGCUUUUUAACACGUUUUUAGAUAUUUGGAUCAUCAACAUUUCUCAUGAAAAUGGAAAAAAAUCAAUUACCUUUCAGUAAGUAUUUGUUGCCAUUUGUAUUAGAAUACAGUUGUGGUUUGUUCGGGGUUUUUUUUUAAUGUCAAAUUGAGUUGUGGGGAAAUAAAGUUAUUGAUGCCAAUGUGCACUUCU